UAUAAGACGGACAGCGCUGUUGAUUUUGCUAUUACCACACCAUCCAGGAAUCGUGGUACGAGGAUAGCUUUUUCUACACCUGAUCGAGUCCCAUUUUCAUGUACUCGCUUUAUUCUGUCGACAUUUGUCCAUAGCAGCUCUUUCACCCCCUAGUUUGAUUCACCAUUGCAUUUGUCUCUAUCAGAGAGCGAGGAUAGAUUAUUUGUGUACCGAAGCGAGUGAGCCUUAAACUUUGCUCAAGAAACAACUGAGUGGUUUUUGCUUCUCUAAGAAAACCACUUUUAGGAUUCCAUAUGAAGCAUAAGAUUAUAGCCUUCUUCUCCAAAAGAAGAACUUCCCAGACUUUGUUUCUACUCCAACUUGGCUUCAAACAAAGAAAUUAGUUGAGGUACCUUCAAGAUUGAGAGGAAAGGAAGAUGGGAAGGGGAAAGAUUGUGAUUCGCAGAAUCGACAAUUCGACGAGCAGGCAAGUGACUUUCUCGAAAAGGAGAAGUGGGUUGCUUAAGAAGGCUAGGGAGCUCUCAAUCCUUUGUGAUGCAGAAGUUGGAGUAAUUAUCUUCUCCAGCACUGGCAAGCUCUAUGAUUAUGCAAGCACUAGUAUGAACUCAGUUAUUGAACGCUACAACAAGCUGAAAGAGGAACAAAAUCAGCUGAUGAAUCCUGCUUCAGAAAUCAAGUUUUGGCAAAGGGAGGCUGCAAGCUUGAGGAAGGAGUUGCAAUACUUACAAGAAUACCAUAGGCAAUUGAUGGGAGAAGAACUUUCUGGUCUGAGUGUCAAAGAUCUACAAAAUUUAGAAAACCAACUGGAGAUGAGCCUGAAAGGUGUUCGGAUGAAAAAGGACCAAAUUUUAACUGAUGAAAUCAAGGAACUGAACAGAAAGGGAAAUCUCACUUAUCAAGAAAAUCUAAAAUUGCACAAGAAAGUUGACCUUCUCUGUCAAGAAAAUGCAGAAUUACGUAAGAAGGCUUGGGAAGAAAGGGAUGCAAGUGAAGCAAACAAAAGUUCCCACCCACCAUACACUUUAAGCAAUGGAUACGACUUGCAUGGCCCAAUCCAUCUCCAGCUGAGCCAGCCACAGCCUCAUAGCAAUGAACCACCACCAAAGUCAAUGAAACUUGGACUACAACUGCAAUAACAAAGCAGUUGCCAGCUGUGAACAUAUACUGAUCAUCGCCCCAGUAACUUGCUUCACUGUUGAAAAAGCCAAACUUCUACAUGAUGAGAUCAUGUACGUUAAUUAUUAGAAGUAUCUUUCAGCAGCAGGACAAUCAAAUUCAGCAUGAUACACUAUGUAAAAUAGACUUUAGAAAUUGUUGUAAAAUUAUUGGCCAGACCUCCUAUCAACGAAAAUCAUGCAAUAAUGAAAAAGCUUGGUAUGAGCCAGGUGUUACCCUAGCUGUCUUAAAAAUUUAUUGUGAUCGAUGAAAAUGAACUGCUUGGUUGAAAUGUGAAACUUAUACAUAUUAAUUGAAAAUUUUCAGCA